AUGCUCGAUAUAAGGUCGGCAUCCCUACUAGUCCCCAGGCACGGCGCGGAUACCACCGUGCACGCCCUCCGCGCGCUCGCAAUGGGAGUAAUCCACAUGGCGGACGACGAGACAGCCUCCGGGGGCAUGACCGCGGUCGCCUCCCGAAUCGCCUCCAUCUGCGCAAUGAUCAGUGGCCACGGGGCACCUGGUACUGCAGCCCUGAGCGCCAGGCGAGUCGCUGCCGUUUCGGCCAUGAUCGACGAGGUCGCCCAGGGAAGGAGGAGGAAGACGACGAGGAAGCGGCGCAUGGGCAACUCCCGCUGCUACGAGGAGGUGUGCACGCUCGGCGGGGGCACGUUCGGCGACGUCUUCAAGGCGCGGCACCGCGCCACCGGCCAGACCGUCGCCGUGAAGGCUCUCCGCUGCGAAGGGUCCGACUCCAAACACGCCGUCGGUGAGCUCCUUCGGGAGGCCUGCAUCAUGGCGGCAUGCGGCUGCCACCCCUCCCUCGUCGCCCUGCGCGGCGUCGUGCGCACACCGCGCGACACCAAGGGGCGCAGGGACUACUUCCUCGUCAUGGAAUUCGCCGGGCCGAGCCUGCGGAAGGUCCUCAACAAGCGAAUCCGCCUCGGCCGCCGGAUGUUCUCGGAGAGGGACGUGCGCUCCAUCGUGCUGCAGCUGCUAGCCGGCGCGGAGGCGAUGCACACGCACGGCAUCAUGCGCCGCGACAUCAAGCCUGAGAACAUCCUCGUGGUCCAGAAGGGCGGCAGCAUCGUCGUCAAGAUCGGGGACUACGGGGCGGCGAUGUCCACGGCCGAGCGGGACCACGAGAAGUAUUGGGCUGCCGGGACUUGGGUUUACAGCGCGCCGGAGAUGCUGCUGGAGGAGCCCGGCUACGACACGCGCGUCGACCUGUGGUCCAUCGGCUGCGUGAUGGCGGAGCUCCUCACCGGGAACAAGCUGUUCCCAGGGGACGGCAUAGACGAGCUGCUCUACAAGAUCUUCGAUCUGCUCGGCACGCCAGGCGAGAGAGAGUCGGGGCCUGCCUUCAGUUCGCCGGGACACGAGGUACAUGCACAGCAAUGGCGAGCGCACCAACGGCUGCGCAAGCUGUUCCCCGAGAAGCUGCUUUCCAAGGAAGGGUUCGAGAAGCAGCAGCUGCGCUGCUCUCCGCCGCCACUGCUUCGCUGCUCCCCGCCGCCGCAGCUCCCCUUCUCCCCCGCUCUCCCGCCGCCGCAGCUCCCCUGCUCCCCCGCUCUCCCGCCGCAGCUGCCUCCUGCUCCGCCGCCGCAGCUACCGCUCGCCUGCCUCCCCAAGCUCCCCCUUUCUCAAAAAAAUCCUUGA